UCAAAUAAUGAUUGUUUGUAUUAAUAUUUGCAGUGCUAAAAAUUUGAAGGAAUUCAUGAAACAAAACAGUAAUAUCAAAUACUCCUAUGAGAUUUAAAAUUAGAAGAGUAUGCAUUUGGGUUAUUUUAGUUCAAGUUUUCCUGAUUACACUUCAUGUGAUAUUUUACCAGAAUUUUACAGGAUUAAACGCUAUAUCAACAAGAAAAAAGGAUGUGCUUAUAUUCACGUACGUACGGAGACAGGCGACAAAUAAGACGGUAGAUAACACAACAAUACACAUUGAAUAUAGGAAAGGCAAGCAUAAUGAUAAGAAGGAGGCAUCUGACCGUGACAAUCCAGGUAGGAUAUUUACAAAAAUAUUACAAACUACAGUUACAACGAGACAAAUUGUGGACAAAACUGUUCAUAACAUAAGUCAAACACGAAAAAGGAAAAUGAUGUCUCCCGUAAGAAAAUGCAACGAUGUUGAAUUUGAUGCUCGUGUAGAAGAGAAUUAUGAUUGGCAGACCGUUGACAAUGAGACAGCGUUUGUGUUUUCCUCGUAUUAUGUAGAGAAAACUAAAACUAUCAUCAUUAUCGGGGCAAGGUCACAACAUCACAUGGGGUACUUCUGUCUCUUUUGGCAUGACAACAAGGGGAAACAUACAGCGGAACAAGUUGAUGCAAGCGUUAAACAGCUUCCUGAAGGUCAUGAUCUAUGGUAUUCAGCCGUUUUCUUCGAGUGUAAACUGUCAUCACACAAUGUCCUACCAUCACAUGUCUCGGUGGUAAGGGCACCUUGUUCAAAACCAGCUAAUAUACUGAAGGUACGUGACACGCUGCAACCAGAGCGUUACCCACGUCGCUUUACUGUUUGUCUUACCCCACUGAACACCAACUACGGUCGUGCUUAUGAGUUAGUUGAGUGGAUCGAAUUGAACAGAAUAAUGGGCGCCGAGAAAUUUGUUAUUUAUAAUCAUUCUAUAUCAGAUAAUAUUGCAACAAUUCUGGACUACUACAGGGGUAAACAUUUGGUAGAUAUUGUUCAAUGGAGGUUACCAAUGAAUACUGACACAAAAAACGGAACAAAGCUUCCAGAAAUUCAUUACUUCGGUCAGAUAGUUGCACUUCACGAUUGCCUAUAUAGAAACAAAGCUGAAUCCGAAUUUAUAGUCAACAUAGAUUUAGAUGAGUUUAUUGUUCCCCAUGACAACAAUGUCAGUCAUUGGAGUGAUAUGAUUAAACAACUUCCAAUGGAACCAGGUGCUUACAUAUUUCGUAGCACAUUUUUUAGGAAAGAAUGGGAAAACGUUUAUCUGUCAAGCAAGGAAUUAGUUGAUAAAUACAGACUUAUUACGCUUCAAAAGUUAAAUCACGAAGAGCAAAUAUUCCCUGUAAGACGAAGAUCAAAAUACUUCGCUCGAACAUUUGAUGUCAGACAGGUUAUGAUUCACGGUGUUCAGUUUUUGCCAACAAAGAAAAAAGCUCACUCUGUGCCUGUUGAAGUUGGCCUUCUUCAUCACUAUAGAGACUGGGAGAAUGAAAUGUCUCUUCCUGAGAUAAAAGUGUUUGAUGACACAAUACCGCGCAAAUACAGUAAAACCCUGAUCGAAAGGGUUGCUAAAUUAUGGUCAAUAUUGAAAGAUGUAAAGAUGGAUGCAGUUAACUAGUGGAUGGAUUUUAUUUUCAAUGGAUGGAUAGUGAAAAUGACUUUCAUAAACGCAUCUCGUUUAAGUUUUAUGAUAAUAAUUAUUAGAGAAUGAUGCAUGUAAGUGCUUCCAGAAUGUAUAUAAAAAUAUAUAAUAUAUGAAUGUUUUGAUCCCUCGACUGUUAGCAUAUUGUGUUUUCUUGUAACUUAAAAUAAAACUUUAACAACUAAAAAUUUGUUUAUAAAACGCAUGUAGUUUGACCGUAGUCCGGUGGAAUAAAUAUAGACAUCCUAGAGGGGGGACAAAGCCGAUGCAAUAAGAUAUGCAAAUUUUGUGUCCUUGAUCUGUAAGCUAAAAUUUACGGAACCCCGUUAUUGUCAUUCUAUACGUCUGAAAGUACUUAUUCCUACAAAUAAAUUAAACAAUAGGUUACAGCCAGAAGUUUUAUUAAGUUCAUCCUGAUAUGUUGUAAUUGCAAUUUUAUUUCGAGAAACACUGCAAAAUAUCGUCAUCAUGACUUAUCAAUAUUUUAUUUAGGGAUACAUGUACGUCACUUCCGGUUUGAGGUCGCACCUGUAUAACAGGGAUCUAUUUGUUUCUGGAUUUUGUAAGGAUUAUACUAAGGCAGUUACAGAUAAUUAUACGCUUACAUCAUGAAAAAUAAACUUAUUUAAGUUUGUUUUAAAAACUCAAAUACAACAUUGGCACGUAGACAUGUACGUAUGUUGAGCCUACUUCUCUUUUUACCUUCUUUUCCCUUGUAAAAGUGUCAAACAUCUUACAACUCGACUAUAUAGACAAUAAUUCUCUGUCAAGUCAAUGGACAAGUUUUUCAUCUUCUUGAAUAAUUAUUUAUUGUUCUCAUCUUUAAUUAGGUUUUGCUAGAUCUAUUUUUCAGUUUCAUAAGCAACUGUAUUAAUCAAUAUACAAACAGAUGUCAAUAUGUCAAUAAAUGAUACCCGUGUUUCGCAAGUAAUUACCUUUGCAAGUAAUUCAUUUUUUCCAGUUCCUUCAUAAGGGCAUUUCCAAGUAGUUUUAAGUAUUGACUUAUUUCAUGAUAAGGAUUUUGAGAAGAUAAAGUAAUCAAGGGGUAGGAGGCAAGGUUCAAGGGACGCAUCUCCUAUAAUAUCUUGCAGCUAGAGGGCGU